CGUGCCCAUGGUUGACUACCCGUCCCAGGCUCUAUCUAAAGCUCUGCUGACGAGCCGGCUCACUGUGCUGCACCUUCACAAUGCCCAGCUCAGCGGCAUGCCUCUAUACACACUGGUUGGUGCACUGAAGUCAAACAAGAAUUUGCAAGAGCUCCACCUUACCAACAACCUGCUAAACAGCUACCAGGACGCCCUGCAUCUAGGAGACCUAAUCCGCUACAACACCACUUUACAGACACUGGAGCUCAGCAGCAAUGCUGUAGCAGAUGCUGGUUUGGAGGAGCUGUGUGAUGGGCUGCGGUGGCAGACGGCAGGUGUAAGGGUCUUACUGCUGAGGAACAACCAGAUCACUGCAUGUGGCAUGGUCCAUCUGGCCAAGGCUCUGCCCGAGCUGAAGGUCCUGCAGGUCCUGGAUUUGGGUGAGAACCUCCUGGGAGACGAGGGGAUCCAGGUGAUCAGGGAGCCUCUGAUGAUGAACUGCUCGGUGCUGCAGCUCGGCCUGGCCCAGGCCAACAUCACAUGUGAAGGUGCUGUGGCGUUGGCGGAGUUCCUUGCAGAGAGUCGUCAGAUUCAGGGGCUGGACCUCCGUCAGAACGAGGUGAAGGUUGGAGGCCUGAUGGCCUUGUGUUUGGCCCUGAGGAUCAACCGUUCUCUCGCUAGCCUGGAUUUGGACCACAUACCCCCGCAGGAGCAGGCAAGAUGGGGAGGGAGUGCUGGAAAAAUAUCAGGAGAAAAUCAUGCAUUUGCUGGAGACCAUUUCCCCCAACAGACAAAUGAAAGCUUUCGAAAUGGAAGUGGAUUUACUGCCCAGAGCAUGUUUCAUUCUCAGGAUGAAUUUCUGAUGGAGACUCGGACGAGGCUUCAGUCAGAGAUCACCCAGCGCUGUGUGGCCAACGCCAGCCGCUCCCGCCUCUCCCCGGACCCCUCUGAGACUUUACCCGCCGAGGCCGACGGACCGGCUGACAGCUUGACUCCCGCCUGA